AUGGCCCUUAGCCCAACAUCUUCACACAAGUGGCCUCUAGUCAAGCUACCACACCCGUUUCUGACCACAUAUCGAGUGUGCCCUGUUGGGGAAACAAAGCCAGCUAGGCUCAUCUUAACACAAGAAAACCAGCCCACGGAAGGACGACCAUUGCCAAAACCAUUACAUAGCGACUCGCUCUCGUGGCUCGAACUGUCGUUCAAAUCGGAGGACCAUGUUCCGCCCAUCUCCAACAACAGCGCUUGGGCACGAGCAGUUCGGAGUCCUCACACAACAUUCGAGUGGACGGGAAGCAGUCCGCCUUCCCUUGGUCAGAUUUGGAAUGUUGUUCACGCGAUAUAUCUCGCCCAUCCCACCUAUGAGUACUUCCGACUUAGCCUGUCUGGCGCAGGAGAAGAUGUCAUUCGCCACGAGCUACUUUCUACAGGCUUAGGCAUCGAACAUCCCAAGCCAUGGCGCCCCAAGGACGAUAUGAAUGCACAGUCUGACGAGCUGUUGAUCCUUCGAAGCUCGUUCUGGCAAGGAGCAGCUUCUCCAAUGGGACCUCGACCAAUCUGGGUAGUGGGAGACAGCACGGAUGGUCCUUCACGCGAGUCUCUGGCCCAGUAUCCCAUUAUGCCUGAGAACUAUCACUUCACCAUGAAGUUCCCCGAGGAGCCCAUCUACACGCGUCAUCCGAUCCGUCGCCCAAAGCCACAUCCAGGAUCAAUCGCCUACAGUCGCUACAUACCAGAGCUAGACGAGCACUUUUCUCUCGAAGUGGUCAACUGGCAAGAUCCGGAGCACCUGAGACUCUUCAACACAUGGCAGAACGACCCGCGUGUUGCAGCAGGGUGGAACGAGACAGGGACUUUGGAGCAGCAUCGUGAAUACCUGCGCAAGCUGUGGGUUGACCCGCAUGUUCUUUGCUUAUUCGGAUGCUUCAACAACACCCGCUUCGCGUAUUUCGAGCUGUACUGGGCAAAGGCAAGUCAUCUGAUCUCUCAAUUCCCCCCCCCCCCUCUCUCUCUCCACCCUUUAAUUUCAUCAUUCAGGUUUGACGUGUUCUCUCUCCAUCAACAGGAAGAUCACUAUGGCGCCCAUUAUGACGCCGGCGACUACGACCGUGGCCGCCACUCACUCGUGGGCGACGCAUCGUUCCGCGGCUCCCAUCGCGUCAACGCGUGGUAUUCCAGCUGCAUCCACUACGUCUUUCUGGACGACCCGCGCACCGCCAACGCCGUGGGCGAGCCCAAGGCCACGGGUGCGGCGAUUCUGUCCUACGAGAACUCGCAAGGUCUCGUCAUUGGCAAGUACGUCGACCUGGGCCACAAGCGCUCCGUGCAUUCGAUCGCGAGCCGGGAAAAAUGGUUUCAGUUGUGUCCGCUCUUCUGGGACGGGCGGGAGAAGCCGCUGGAAUCUGCAGACCGAGCAGCAUGGAACGCUAAGCUGUAG